AUGGCAUCGAUUGGUAAUUUUUUGAUAAGAUGGUUACUUUUGGUUGCUUUAAUUGCAAGUGUAUUAACAACAUUUUAUAUAAAUUUUAUUCAAAAUGAUCAGAAUACUGUUCGAAGAUUUCACAUAGUAAGGCAUCCAAAACUUAAAGCAGCAAAUAUGAUGAAAAAUGAAUCAACGGUUGAAGAAAUUGUUGCCGAAACGCACCAUAUGAAAAGUGAAUCAGCUUCCGUUGCAUCACAUUUGUCCGAAAAUAAUGAUGAAUAUUCGGUGCAAAUAUUCUAUUAUCCGUGGUAUGGAAAUCCAGAAUUUGAUCAUGGAAAGUAUUAUCAUUGGAAUCAUCGUUUUAUCCCACAUUGGGAUUCGAAUAUUUCGGAGAAAUAUCCUACAGGUUUUCAUGACCCACCGUUGGAUAUUGGUUCCAGUUUUUAUCCAUUUUUGGGACCGUAUAGUAGUCGAGAUCCAGCAGUAAUUGAGCAGCACAUGAAAUGGAUGUCGUCAGCUGGUAUAGACGUUGUUAUUGUUUCAUGGUUUCCUCCAAAAAUUUCCGAUGAACAAGGGCAUCCAUGGGAUGAUUUAAUACCCAUUUUGUUAGAUGUUGUGGCUAAGUAUCGCAUGAAAUUAUCUUUUCAUAUGGAACCAUACAGACAUAGAAGUGGUGAAUCACUUCGUGCUGAUAUUGAAUAUAUUAUUGACAAUUAUGGUAAUCAUUCAGCUCUGUAUAAGAUGAAAAGGCCAAAAUCACGAAAAAUGACUAAAAAUGAAAAAAACAAUCAUAAUGGUGACGAAUAUUUGCCGUUAUUAUACUUUUAUGAUUCGUAUCUUGUACCUUUUGAUGAAUGGAAAAAGUUAACUGAACCAUCUGGGAAGUUCAGUCUCUUAGUUAAAUCAGAAGAUAGGCAUUCAUUGUUGGCUGCUGGAUUUGAUGGAAUUUAUACCUACUUCACAGCUGAAGGAUUUUCUUAUGGUUCGACGCCUUCAUCUUGGCCUUCAUUGGGCGCUUUUUGUAGGAAAAAUGGCUUAGUUUUUAUACCUUCGGUGGGUCCUGGUUAUGAUGAUUCUCGUGUGCGACCUUGGAAUGCAGCAAAUUUUAGGGAUCGAAUGAAUGGCAAAUAUUAUGCGGAUAUGUUUGAAAUGGCGCACAUUGCAAAGGCAAAUAUCAUAGCAAUAACAUCAUUCAAUGAAUGGCAUGAAGGUACACAAAUUGAACCAGCGAUACCAUUCACUGAUAACAACACGGGUUUUGUGUACAAUACCUAUGUUCAGGGACCGGAACAGUAUCUCCACCAAACGCUUGAUCUUAUUAAGAAAUAUUUUACUCCAAUGCACAAAAUUGCCCCUGAAAAAAUUGUUAAUAUAGUUAAAUAA